UGGAGUUGGUCACACACGGCCAGAGGGCUGCAGUAGUUGAGUCAGUCAAGGUGGUUCCACUGUCUAGGGAGAAUGUCAAAGGGAGAGCAGCAAGACCUGGUGGCUAUUAAAGAACUAGAGUCAAUCCUGGAGUCCUGCAAGCUUGAACUGACACCACUAGAUGAGGUCUGGCCUAAUCUCUACAUCGGAAACGUGGCCAUAGCUCAGAACAGGGGUGCAUUAAAGAAGCUUGGCAUCACACACAUCCUGAACGCAGCUCACUUUAAGCAGGGCAGCAUCGGUGACCAGGAUUACUAUGGAAACACCUGUGUGUACUGUGGCUUUCCUACAGAAGACUCAUCCCAUUUUGACCUCAGCCAGUACUUUAAACCUGCAGCUGACUUCAUACACAAGGCCCUGAAGACUAAAGAUGGGAAGGUGUUGGUGCAUUGCAUCAUGGGUAUAAGUCGUUCCGCCACGCUGGUGCUGGCGUUCCUGAUGAUGCACUGUCGUCUGCCGCUUCGCACCGCGCUCAAACAUGUGACCCAGCGACGCGCCAUCUACCCCAACAGACAUUUCCUGUCACUACUGCUCACGCUCGACACACAGCUCACACGCAAGAGGAGACUAUGUCCUCUUCUCUGACAGUCCUUCUUUCAUCCCUCUCUCCUCCCAUCCCUCGCUCGUCUCACCUCAUAUCUAUCUAUCCAUCUCACACACAAUCCUUUAUACUGGUUGAAAAUAUGUAGUUGUAGGACUUUUACAGUAGGUACAAACUGGUAUUAAAGCACAGCAUGUUGUAUAUACUGUAUAAUGCGGUAGCAGGAUUCCCUGGAGAUAAUGUCGAUGCUCAAUGCCUUUAAAAAAAAAAUCUAAAGAAUUUGAACUUUUCAACAUCCUGGUUUUAGCCAGUGGUGAUAGUUGAACCUGCUGUGAGUUGUGCAGCUGAGCAUUGUCUCCUGGGAAUCUAUCAGUUGAAACACUAAUAAUGAGAUUACACAAUUAAAAAGGUACUUUUUUUCCA